AUGGGUGACCGAACACAAGGAUGUCUAGAAGCUCGAGUUGCUGCAUCACAAGGUUCACAACCAUUCAAUAAAACUGGUAAAUCUUCGACUGAUGGUCGUGUUUACACUACAAUUUACGAGGGUUUUAAAAUUGGCAAACAUAUUGCAAGAAAAUAUGGAGACAAUCGAUGUUUAGGUUUUCGAACCGAACGUGCUGCUAUAGAUAUUGGUAGUGAAUUUAUUCGAUUAGGUGAAAACAAUGGACAAAAUACAUUCAUUGAUAUCUAUGCAGUCAAUAAUGUUGAAUGGCUAAUUACAGCUUUAGCAUGUCAUUCUUAUAGUGUGAUUUAUGUAUCUCUUUAUGAUAUACUCGGAGAAUCUGCUAUUAUUUAUAUUAUGAAUCAGAGUGGUAUAAUUCUACUAUCUGAUGAUAUGGCUCAUUUAAAACCAACGUUUAUGCCAAGUGUACCUCGACUUUAG